GAAAAAAAUCAUCUCUUCGUUCUUCUAUUCUUCAUUCCCGUCAAUAAAUAUUGGGUGGAACAACGAUUUUCUUUACAGUGUGCCUCUGAAAGCUUAUCCUCGCGGUGGCAAAUCACCGGUCUGCCUCGAAUGCAAGACAGUUUGUUUGUCGAUUGCUCAGGUCAAAAUCCUGGCAAACUGCAGAUAGAGAGUUGUGCAGGCGGAUGCUUCACCUACAUGUUCGAGGAUCCUGAUAUACCUCCAAGUUAUGCUAUCGGUGGUGGCUCUUACUGUGAAUAUGACGCUACUCAUCCGAUGUCAAAUAGUAAAGGAGAGCAGGUCUCAGUAAGAGCUCUCACCGAAUUCUGCGGACAGUGGACACCUGUCUGUCAUCAAACGUUCUCUUUUUUACCAAAAGCAACGCUUACAAGUCUCAUUUCAGUACUGGGAGGCGAAGUGCUAAACUGCUAUGAGUGCACUCCUCGAUCGGGUGAGAAUUGCCAUGACAAAGAACGUAAAUGUUCGUCGAAGAAGUACUGCACAAAGCAAACGGUGCAACUUGGAAGUGGAUUCCAGGUAGUCAAGUCCUGCUCAAACAUCAAUAUCAUCGGUCAGGACAACAGCUGUGUCAGCUACGAUGUUGUGACGAAUCCUGGAGGAGUUGCUGUUCGAAAUAAGUACACGCAGUGUUACUGUCGUAAUAAGCAGUUUUGCAACGGAGCAUCGACAUCGGUGUCAGCUCUUGCCAUCAUCGCUGUCAGUUCAUGGCUUCUUCACUGGAGUUGA